AAAUAUAUGUAAAGAUUCUGCGAAGAAACAAACAAGAGUAGGCCAAAAAGAUCAACUUCGGCUCCUCGGCAAAGACCCACAAAUCAAGUCAAUGUUUGAACGUGCACCAAUGGCUGAGGAAAGCCGUAUCGUAGCAUUUGAAUAUGCAUCCUCCAAAAACCACAAAAUAAACAUGGACGGUGGCCAGUUUAUCGCUCCCUUUUUCACAUCAUCACGCGGAAUCUUCCUCCGAUACUCCCUUUUCUUGACUGAUUAAACUUUCAUCUAUAGAAUUUGAUCAUCAAGAUCUUCACAGUAAUGGAAGGUGAAAUCAAGAAUCUGAGUCGUGUUUGGUUAGCAGUAAUUGCAUCUCUCAGUUACUGCCAUUUCGUUUCUGCAAGAUUGCCCAAAGGCAAAUGGCGGCUGAUUUCUCUUCUCCCGAUUUUCUACGUCUUCGCGAUUCUUCCAUUGUAUACGACCUCCGCUUUCUUAACUGCCAUCACGGCUUUCUUCAUAACAUGGCUUGCCAGUUUCAAGCUUCUCCUUUUCGCCUUUGAUCAGGGGCCCCUUUAUUCCAACCCCCCGAAAUCUCUCCCCGUUUUCGCCGCCGUUGCUGCUCUCCCGUUCAAGAUUAAGCCCAAAAACGACGCCCCGGGCCCCCGGAAAUCCAAGAAAUUGCCCCUAUAUUUGGCCACUGAAAUCCCAAUUUCUACCGUGCUAAUCUCGAUAUUGUAUGAUUACAAGGAGUAUAUUCACACCCAUAUUGUUUUGAUCGCGUAUUGUUGUUUGGUCUUUCUCUUGAUCGAGAUUUUGGUUGAGUUAUCUAGUUUAUUGGUCCAGGCGCUGUUGGGGCUAGAGCUCGAAACCCCGUCAGACGAGCCAUAUCUCGCGACCUCCCUCCGGGAGUUCUGGGGCAGACGGUGGAACCUGACGGUCAACAAUAUACUGCGCCAGACGGUGUACAAGCCGAUCAGGUCAUCCGCUGCAGCGGUGGUGGGCAGGGACUGGGCGGCACUGCCAGCGGUGCUGGCAGCUUUUCUUGUCUCUGGUCUUAUGCAUGAACUUUUGUUUUGGUACGUAACUCGGGCGAGCCCGUCAUGGGAAAUGACCAUGUUUUUUGUGAUCCAAGGCGUUUGUGUGGUGGUGGAGUUUGGAUUGCAUGUGGCUUUGGCUGAGAAGAAAUGGCGGUUGCCGUGGUACGUGAGCAGGACGUUGACGGUGGGGUUCGUGGUUGGGACGAGUUUCUGGUUGUUCUUCCCGCCGUUGAUGAGGAACGGUGCAGACGUGAGGGUGAUUGAAGAGUUCCGGUAUAUAGGAGUAAUAGUGAAGGAGAAGGUGACGAGAGUGUGGGUGCAUAUGGUAGAGAAAGUCCUUGUUUAUUUGCCAGGAUAAAUGAGUGGUGGAUAGAAUUGGGGAUUGCUUCUCAUAUUAAUGGGGACUUGUUAAACUAGAUUAUGUUUACUUUUAUAUUGAAUGAUGAUAGACUAGCCGUGAGAUUUAUGAUGUGUUUUUUUACCUAUUUGCCCACAAAUAACACAAACAAAACAUCUUCUCCCACUAUCUGAAACUUUUAUUUACUAGGCCAUUUAUU